AUGGCUCGCUUCACAUCUCUCAUGCUCUUUGGAGCCGCGGCUGUCUCAGCCUCACCUCUUGUUGCCCGCCAGGCUACCACCGUCACCGUCACUGCUGACCCUACGGCUGCUACCUCCACCGCCUGGGACGCCGGUGCGAUCCACCAGUUCCCCAUCCACGCUUCCUGCAAUGCUACUCAGCACCAGUACAUCAGGAAUGGUCUUGACGAGACCAUCACCCUCUGCCGUCAGGCUCGCGACCAUAUUCUCCGCUGGGGCAACUCUUCUGCCAUCUACCAGAAGUACUUCGGCAACGCUCCCACUGGCGAGCCCAUUGGCUGGUUCACCAAGAUCGUCGAUGGCGACAAGGCCGAUGUCCUUUUCCGCUGCGAUGACCCCGAUCAGAACUGCGCCACCCAGAACAACUGGGCCGGCCACUGGCGCGGAGCCAACGCCACCUCCGAGACUGUGAUUUGUGACCGCUCGUACGUCCUCCGCCGUCCUCUCGAGGGCAUGUGCAUGUUCGGCUACGACGUCGCCAACGGCGCGACCAACUUUUACUGGGCGUCUGACCUUCUGCACCGCCUCCUUCAUAUCCCCAAGGUCGGCGAGGGCAUCGUCGAGCACUACGGCGACGCAAGUGAGUACCCCGGCGUCCUGGCUCUCGCCGGAUCCAGCCCCAACGAGGCUGUCCGCAACUCCGACACCCUGCAGUACUUCGCUCUCGAGGUUUACGCUCACGAUGUCGCUGUCCCUGGCGUUGGAUGCCCCGGCCACUACCGUGAGAUAGCUUCUUCCUCUACUGCUGCUGCGGCGCCCACUUCGAGCGCGGCGGCUAGCUCUGCCACCUCUGCUGUUGCUUCCGCUACUGCUGCUGCUACCUCUGCUGCUUCUGCUGCUAUUAGCGCUACUUCCGCUGCGGCUGCUGCGACUGCCAGCUGCACUCCUCACGACGACCACUGGCACUGCCCUCCUGGCGUUCCCGAGCCCACUUCUCCUCCCGCGUAA